GGCUUACAAUUUAAGAAAUUCAACUUGAUUUACGAUCGAACCAUCAACUUCAACCAAAAUAUAAUCAUCAACUGUUCACGAGCUUACGGCGGGUUACAUCUAUUUAUCAUCAUGACUUUCAGCCUAGAUGAAUGUAUCGAAAAAUUGUUGGCAAAACAACUGCUAGCGGAAGCCCUCCUCAAAGAGAUUUGCGAAAAGACAAAAGAGCUAUUGAUGAGGGAAAGCAAUGUGGUGCAUAUAUCUGCCCCGGUGACGGUUGUAGGUGAUAUUCAUGGACAGUUUUACGACUUGAUUGAGAUAUUUCGGAUCGGAGGUUUCUGUCCAGACACAAAUUACCUCUUUCUAGGUGAUUACGUUGACCGAGGUCUCUUCAGUGUUGAGACGAUAUCACUAUUGACAUGUUUGAAGCUUCGUUAUCCGGACCGAGUUCAGCUUAUCAGAGGAAAUCAUGAAUCGAGGGCUGUGACGCAGACUUACGGCUUUUACGCUGAAUGUGUUCGGAAGUAUGGAUCACCUAAUGUCUGGGCGUACUUUACCGACAUGUUUGAUUUUUUGACAUUGUCAGUGGUGAUUGAGGAUCGGAUCUUUUGUGUUCAUGGAGGACUUUCGCCUUCAAUUCACUGUAUCGAUCAAAUCAAAGUCAUCGACAGGUUCCGAGAAAUUCCUCACGAAGGACCUAUGGCGGACCUAGUGUGGUCAGAUCCUGACCCUGAUAAAGAGGAGUUUGCAAUUUCACCUAGAGGAGCAGGCUAUACGUUUGGUGCUCAAGUGGUCAAGAAGUUUCUUGCUAUCAAUGAUAUGCAUCAUAUCCUUCGAGCACAUCAACUAUGCAUGGAAGGCUUUUCGGUUCUUUACGAUGAUCGCCUCUCAACAGUCUGGAGUGCCCCUAAUUAUUGUUAUCGGUGUGGGAAUAUGGCUUCGAUCUUAGAGAUAGGGCCAGAUGGCAAUAAGCACUUUAACGUUUUUGAUGCUGCACCUGAGAAUGAACGAGAUGGACCUCAGCAACAGAUGCAACUACAACAGCAACAACAACAGGCUCAACUCGAAUACCAACAGCAGCAACAAAACUCGGGUCAGCCUGUGAACCCAAACAUGUAUGCGUUACCUCCACAGAUAGAAUACUUCUUGUAACACUGUACGACUUCCCUUUCAUACGUUCAUGCCCUUUUGAUACAUACCCCUACCUGAUUUGAAAGUCAUUGACACUCCGAUGGACACUAACAGAAAAGUGAUGAGCGGAUUAAAGCUCUUUGCUCAACCACCACACUCUCUGAGUGAUUAGUCUGAGUUAUCGUUAUGAUUCAUUUGUUAUGACUUACAUUUAAGUUGAUGUUGGAGGAUUUUUGGAUUGGGUUGAAACCCUGAAUUCGAUCGUUUUGUUUUUAAUCUGGCAAAGUGAUUACUUAUCUGUUUGACAUACAUAGAUUUUAUUGAGUGUAUUUUAUUCUAUUUGAUGUACAGAGCACAAGAAGUAAUUAUUACCUGAAUAUUGGGGAAAUGGUUUGGUGGAUGAAGGUGAAUGUUGUUAGUCUUGGCCCGUCACUCGCUUUGGAUCAAUGCUUAUUUCUGUGUGACUUAUG